UGAAUUUGAUGUGUUUCCUGGUCCUACUACAAGAAGACUAAGUCAACCUUCUAUAGCUUCAGCUAGAAAGUCCAAUAUAGGCUUCUUCUAGGAAGACCAUAAACAAUCAAGAAAUCAUUUUUUUUUUUCAGAAAAAAAAUCCCUUUCCUCCUCUCAUAUUACCUAUAACUUUCUUUGCUCAACUUGAAAGAAAUGAUUACAGCCAAGUUUAAUUUGCAACUUCGAUUAAAUAGAUAAAGAUUGAUUUUUAUGAGUUCAUACUAGAUCGAUCUAGGUUCAAUGACUUUGAGGGGUUUGUGUUAAAGUUUUGAUAUGCAUCUUUGUAAUGAAUUGUUGAAGUAGAGUUGAAAUCUUUUUGAGAUUUUUUGGUGUGAUGGGGAUUUGUUUGAGCAAUGAAAUCAAGGCUGAGACUAUAAUUUAUGCUGGUACAGGGUCUGUUUCAAGAAAUGUCAGCGGAAAUGGUACUGAGACUAGUAAUUCGAAUAGCAAAGUGUCAUCAGGCUCCGUACCCCCUACUCCCCGGAGUGAGGGCGAAAUCUUGCAGUCAUCAAACUUGAGGAGCUUUACCUUCAAUGAACUCCGAGCAGCCACUAGAAAUUUCCGUCCUGACAGUGUUUUAGGAGAAGGAGGUUUUGGUUCUGUUUUCAAAGGGUGGGUCGAUGAACAAACUCUUUUAGCAUCAAAGCCUGGUGCUGGCAUAGUGAUAGCUGUGAAGAAGUUAAAUCAAGAAGGUUUGCAGGGGCACCGUGAAUGGCUGGCUGAGAUAAAUUAUCUUGGUCAACUACGUCAUCCAAAUCUUGUAAGAUUGCUUGGUUAUUGCUUAGAGGAUGAUCACAGGCUUCUAGUCUACGAGUUCAUGCCUAAGGGUAGCAUGGAGAAUCAUCUAUUCAGGAGAGGUUCAUACUUUGAACCGCUUUCUUGGAGUCUCCGUAUGAAAGUUGGCCUUGGAGCAGCAAGGGGCCUUGCAUUUCUUCACAAUGCUGAAACAAGUGUAAUAUACAGGGACUUCAAGACUGCUAAUAUCCUGCUUGAUUCAGACUACAAUGCCAAGCUUUCUGAUUUUGGGUUGGCCAGGGAUGGUCCAACUGGUGACAAAAGCCAUGUAUCAACAAGGGUUAUGGGAACUUACGGAUAUGCUGCUCCAGAGUAUCUAUCCACAGGUCAUCUUACUGCCAAGAGCGAUGUAUACAGCUUCGGAGUCGUGCUCUUGGAAAUUCUAUCUGGUAAGAAAGCAAUAGACAAGAAUCGACCGACAGGGGAACACAAUCUUGUUGAGUGGUCGAGACCGUACUUAACCAGCAAACGUAGAGUUUUUCGUGUUCUAGAUCCCCGGCUUGAAGGACAAUAUUCACUUACUCGUGCCCUUAAGGUAGCUAACAUUGCUCUUCAAUGCCUAACCAUGGACUCCAAAUCAAGACCAACAAUGGAUGAGGUAGUAACAGCUCUCGAGCAGCUUCAGGAGUCCAAGGAUACUGUGAAAAAUGAUGCUAACAAGGAUCAGCAAUUGAAUCGGCUUGGCAGUCAAUCAAGUGGUGAGCUCAACAGGUCAUGCAGAAGCAAUUCAGAAGAAACGCCGCGUGUUGCAAAUUAUCCCAGACCUUCAGCUUCGCUUCGUUCUAUCUAAAAAAAUACGGAAAUACCUUCUUCACGCGCCAGCUGCUGACAUCCAAUUUUAAGGAACUUCUGGCAUAUAAGUGUACCAAUAUAAUCAACAUGUAUAGUUCUUUUUUUUUACAUGUUUACAUUGUCAGAUGACAGAUGACUAUUGAAAUGAGGAUUAAUGAGAUGAUGUGUAAUGAAUUGCAGGUAAAAUUUUGUUGUACUGGAA